CUUCUCCCAUCAGCUGCCACACCCUCCUUUCCCAUCGUUAAUUUUUUUAUUAUUUUUAAUUUUAGAUUAUGACUGAUUCCUCCUUAGCGUCUCCACUUGUGACCAGAUCCGUCAUGAAUCCCUCCUGCAGCUCAUUUUACCCUCUUCCAUGGAUGCCUUCCACUCGUCAUGUCCAACUAUAUAACCUCCUCUGCUCCCCCCCCUCUAUUUCUCAAUUUCAACUUCAUACAUCUGCAUCCAGCCCUUCAACUCAGACCUAUUACCAACCAUAUAGCCACUCGCAAGACCACUUUGUUUGCGAUCUAUUCAUUCAAUCCCAUUACUGCUACCCACCUAUUCACGCAACACGUGCUCACCCAGAGCUCGACCUGACCUAUCCGUCACACUGUCGCCUUUCAAGUCUACUCGAUUCCUCUGGCCCCCUAUCUACACCUCCAUAAGGGAGUCUGUUCCCCUGCGAUCCAAGCCCCGUCUCCGUCGCACCGCAAGCAUGCCUCACCAGGUCGAGCAAGCCGCCGAGCCCGUCGUGCUCGUGCGGGAGCUGGAGGACGACGAGACAUAUGUCCUCAACAGCUUUGAGAGCCACGCCGGUCACUGCUCCCGUUGUGCCAACCCCCUUCAGACUCGCGAAGAAGACCGGUCUCUAUGCAAGCGCGGCCACCAGUAUGCCCGCGACGUGGCUGAAUACCUGCGCAGCAAGAACGGCAAGAUCUACUCGGUGGUCGACCUAGAACGCAACCGAUCCACACUGGUCAAGGUGCCUCUCAAGUAUGCCGCCGCCCGUCAGCUGCUGCUGGCAAUUGAGGACGGCCUGCGCGUGGAGAAGAAGUCGACCGCCGGCGUUCGUGCCUCUGCGCCCCCGGUCAUCAGCUACGAUGCCACCUAUCCCGUGCCCCCUCGACGCACCACCACUCAGGACUACCUUCACCCUUCGCAGGCCAUCAUCGAGCGUGAGCCACGGACCCUGAAGCGUCACCGGACCAUCAUCUACACAUCCCCUCGCAGCUCGCCCAGCCGAGGGUCACUGUACGAGGCUGAUGCGGCCGAGCGGUAUGAGCGCGUCAAGGAAUCGUCCCGCAUCUACCGGCCGACCGACUACCACCGUUGAAUGAGCACAACGCACUGGUU